ACAGGCGGAGCCACGGUCUGGAGCAGAGUCUGCGUGUCGCCUGACCGGAUGAUGACUGACUGAAGUUUUAUCACUGUUGUUUUCUAUUCCGACUUUUCUAUUCAUUUAAAUAGCGCGUCACUGUAGCGCUGUUAUUUAGAAUCUAGUUACUGAGCCGAACCCAAAUCUGACAACAAUCACGUUUCAACAGUCGACUUGACUUUUACGCUUUUUCCGUGAAAGGAAACUCCAGUUCGCAAGUGAGAGAGCGCAAAGAUCCGACCCAUUUCUCUCUCGGAGUCUUGUCUCUCUCUCCCUGUCUCUCCGAGAAUCCUGAGUUGAGUCCGCCGGAGAGAAGAGCAGCAGCCAUGGGGAACCGGGGUAUGGAAGACCUUAUUCCCCUCAUCAACAAGCUCCAGGACGCCUUCAGCUGCAUCGGCCAGAGCUGCAACCUGGACCUGCCGCAAAUCGCCGUGGUCGGAGGGCAGAGCGCCGGGAAAAGCUCCGUUCUGGAGAAUUUCGUUGGAAGGGACUUUCUACCCCGGGGCUCUGGUAUCGUGACCCAAGACCUCUCGUCCUUCAACUGGUCAACAACCAAGCAGAGUAUGCUGAGUUCCUUCAUUGUAAAGGUCGUAAGUUUGUGGACUUUGAUGAGGUGCGUUUGGAGAUUGAGGCCGAGACUGAUCGCAUCACUGGGUCCAAUAAGGGAAUCUCUGCUGUUCCCAUCAACCUCCGAGUCUAUUCCCUAA